UCUAAAUCAAAAGUCCAAAAAACCGACUUACAUUUCGUUACAAUUUUCAACUUAUCGACACCGAUUAUUCACCAGAUUCCCUCCAAUAGGGAGGUAACAAUGGCCGCCGCAUUCGAAGGCUACGAGAAGCAAUACUGCGAGCUCUCCGCCCAUUUGGCGAAAAGGUGCUCGUCGGCCAGCCUACUUGAUGGAGAGCAAAAGAAGCAAAAGAUUUUUGAAAUCAAUACUGGAAUUGAUCAGGCAGAAGCUUUGAUACGGAAGAUGGACAUUGAGGCCAGGGGAUUGCAGCCAAACAUCAAAGCAGUGCUUCUUGCGAAACUGAGAGAAUACAAAUCCGACUUGAACAACUUGAAGAGUAAUGUAAAGCGAAUUGCAUCAUCAAACCUAAAUCAGGCUGCUCGGGAUGAGCUUCUCGAGGCAGGAAUGGCUGAUACAUUGUCGGUAUCAGCUAAUCAGAGGGACAGAUUGUUAAUGUCAACUGAAAGAUUGAACAAGUCAAGUAACAGGAUUCAUGAAAGCAGAAAGGUCAUGCUGGAGACUGAGGAGCUUGGCGUCUCACUUCUCCAGGACUUGCACCAACAGCGACAGGGAGUGUUUUCAGAAAAGUUGUGGCUUUUAUUAUCUGGGGUUAUGGUUUUCUUUCUCUCUCUCUCUUUCGAGCUUGGUUAUGGGGGAUCUAGAGGGGAUAGGACGGAUGAAGAAUUGGCUCAACGUCUCAAGAGUUCUUCCCUUUCUGAAAAGGAAAAUGCGCUAGUCGACAUUGAGCAAGAAGAUAUUAAACUAAGUGCGAGCCACUGGAGUCUUUGCAGGAAAAUAGUUGGAGAACGUAAAGCCAGCUAG